UGCAGUUAGUUGUGCUGAUAACGCGUAACGAAUUACAUCUUCGCGUUAGCAAAGUUAUAUCAUGUAAAGUGUGAAAACUGUUUCGAGAAAAAUCGGGAUUAUAUUAAAAACAUUAACAAAAAGUGAAAGUAUACAUUUUCGUACACCUACUAAAUAUUGUUAGUGUAAAAUAUUAUGAAUUUAUAAAGUUUUAUAGAGUGAUAAUUGUGCCGUCGGUGACUGCAUUUCGUGAUCGGCUUGCAAAUUUUGUUAGUGGUUAUUCUUUUCGCUUAUUUUUCUGCCGUUCGGUGCAUUGCCCGUGGGAUGGUGACUCGCCGCUACAUUUGUAAUUGGAAUUUCACUGUGAAUAUACAUACAUAGAUGAUUCCAUUGACCGCGUGGAUGUAUGAAUUUGUACACGCUGCCUUAGACCGACAUCAUGAAUUCCAUGACAUCUCGCGGCGUAUAUAAUUAAUAGAUUUUAUUUGCGUAUAAACAUACAUGUGUACAUAAUUGACUAUUGUGCAUAUGUACAAGAGUUGAAACAUAUCUAAUUAAGAGUUGAUUGUUUUUGAUGUUCAUAACAAGAUAUUGCGAUUACUCAGCGUCAUUACAAUAUAUUUUCUUUUACAUGGUAUUUUAAAUAUUUUGCUGCAUCGUUCGGCAACAAUCGCGUUAUUUACGUUUUGCUAUAUACACACAUGCACAUGUAUCAUAUACAUAUGUAUAUGUGCAUAUUGGUAUGCAUAGUAUGUGCAAAACAAUGUUGAAAGGGUAGCUGACUUCUGCAGAGGUACAAUUCACACAGCGACAUUUGGACUAAAUGAAGAGAGCGGAGAAUUUGUAACAGUGUUGCAGGCGCUCACCCGACUUCCACUUGAUAUCAACACGUAAAAAACAGUAUAAAUACAAAUCUGUUGCGGUGCUGCACCGAAAUUGCAUUUGGAAUUACAAAAAUUCGACAAAGUCUAACAAAGAGAAUUAAUCGAGGAGAAAAAAAUUCGGUUCUCGGUGCCGAAAAGCAGGCAGGAAACGUAAAAUCGAGAUUAACACUUAAAAGGAAUUGCUAGCACACUGAAAACACCGAAAAAUUGAAAAGGCUCUGCGAAGCCAGAAAUGCACCUUAGCAAAAGCCAAAGCAAAAGCAAAACGGCAACGACAACAUAGCGGAGUGCAAGAAUAAAUACAACGCAGUCAAGUGUAAUUUUUUCACAGCAAAAAGUCAAUAGAAUAAGCACAUAUCUAAGCGAUAGUAACGGUUGUUUUAGCAAAAGGAAAAUAAAAUCGAAUAGCACAUAAAGCGUACGACAUUGAAGUCAGUGAAAUGUGAAAGAGCUAGUGAUGUCAGUAGGCAGCGGCGAGCAAAGAAAAGAAAAGCGCAAUCUGUAAGUGUAGCAAAUGCGGUUGCAAUGGAUCCAGUGCAAAACUAGUUUUAAAGCAGUGUGACAGCACGUCACAACUCCGUUGUAAUAGAAAAAGUUUCGAAGCAAUUUUCUUCAUUUUUAAUUUUUCUGCCUGUGGCUUCCCAACAAAGUGUGGACUACAUAUACAAUAUUUUCUUCAGUUUCCAAAGUGAAAAUUGAAAAGGGAGUAACUGCAACAAGCAAACCAACGCGAAUUAGCAGAAAAAGAUAUCGGGUAUAAGAGUUUAUGGAAUUGACAGCUAAUGUAUUACGGUGCGUGCUCUUAUUUGUUUGUGGCAACAAAGCGUAAAAUUGGCCUAUCACUCGAUACACAGCGCGGACCAGCAACGGAAAGCGUAUAUUUUUUGUGAAAAGUGUAAAUAUUUGAGAAAAAAACGUACAAAGAUUAUAAUGGAAGUGAGUAAAGUUUAUAAACCGUGUGUUCGGGCUCUUCGGUUGGCAAGGAAACGUGAAACAGUACAACCAACGUGGCGCAGGAUGUUGCUGUUUGUUGUCAUAUUUUUCUUUAUACCAGACAGCAGCACGGCGCUGAGCAAUGUGAGCGUCUCCAUACCUUCGGCCGUUAAACGUGGCGAUAACGCCAUCUUAAUCUGCAAUUACAACCUGGAAUAUGAAAAUCUAUAUACAGUUAAAUGGUAUCGUGGACGACGGGAAUUUUAUCGCUAUACGCCGAAAGAGAAUCCAGCGUUGAAGAUAUUUCCGGCAAGUGGCGGAUAUUCGGUUGACAUGGCCGAAUCGAAUGCCACACAUGUUUUUAUCAGAAAUCCCACUUCUGGCAAAUAUAGCUGCGAGGUUUCAGCCGACGCGCCAUCCUUCAACACAUUCUUAGUGUCUGGAGAAAUGGAAGUUGUAGAAUUACCCACGCAACGCCCGGUUAUAACUGGGAUUCAUUCUCGUUACCGUCUCGGUGAUGUCAUUAAUGGCAACUGCUCAUCCGACUUUUCAAAGCCGGCAGCGAAUUUAUCUUGGUGGAUCAAUGACUUGCAGCCUCCACCAGAUUCUGUUCGCACAUUUGGCAUUCAACGUCAUUUUUCGGAGAAUUUGGAAUCUGCGAUAGUGGAAAUUAACAUUGUUGCUGAACUGCAUCAUUUCAUCAAGGGUCGCUUAAAGCUGAAGUGCUCCGCUCGUAUCUACGAUAUUUAUGUGCAAGAGGCUGAGAAGCUUAUCGAGGAAGAUCGUCCGCGCAUAUUGGCUUCAGGCCGUUCGCCAGAGCUGAAUAUGUAUCCAUUUGAUCAUUUAUCGGAUACGGAAGGUUUCGAUGAACAUAACGAACUGUACUUAACACAUUAUAAUAAUCACGCACCAGCAGUAACGAGAAGAACGAAGGUGCCAUUAGAGUCAGAGCUUCUCAAAGUGGCCGUUACCUUUCUGAUCAUGGCCGCAAUCAAUAGUCUUUUCAAGCCCACAAUAGAAGCAAUUGCUCAAGUAGCAGAAGGAACUCACUUGCAGAUUCAGAGAAAAAGUAACGAAAUCGCCACCGAAAAACGAAUUAUUUUACAGCAAUUCCAGAAGUGUUAUGCAGUAAUUAAUUUAAAAGCGAAGUGUGUCAAAGAGUGUGAACCGACUGCCCGACGUGUGCCGUUUGAAAUGCGGUGAUAAGUUACAGUAAAAUCAUGAAAAUCAUUGGUUACAAAUACACAUAAGAAUCGAUAAAAAAUAUUUAAAAAAAUGAAACAGUAUAAAGGAUUAUAAAUAAUAUAAGAACAGAUUAUGAUAAGCUAAAUAAACAAAGAUAUAAAAAACGUGUUUAAAGUGAGCAGUUCAUUGUCAUCAUCAUACAUCAGCAUACAUACAUACAUACAUAUUUGUCAAGUAAUACCAUGCAUAGCCAUACCCAAAAACUGAAAUUGAAAUUAAGCGGACGUUAAGGGAGAUCAUUAAGAAUAGUGAAACAAACGCUUAGCUAAGAAUUGUACUGUAAGUAGAACUUUACUUUUUAUUUUUUAUGUUUUUAUUCUUCACUUGUAUCUAAGAUUUAUUUUCAUAUAGUUUUUUGUCGUAUUUUUUCUUUUUAUUUGUAGUAUUACCGCCAUUUCUUCUCAAUUAGAUGAACUGUUUUUUCGAUAAUGCGUUGAUACUUACAAUUUUUUUUAUCUUGUUGGUUUAUGGUUCUCAACAAUGUUGUCUUAUUAUUUCUUUAAAGUGAUUUUCUUUAAUAAGACCCCACACCCUUUAAAUUUUAUGCAUCCUCCAUUUUAUCUUUUCUUUUUUUUUUUUUUUAUUUUUUCCCUGAAAUAUUACUUUUUUUUUACUUCAAAUAAUUCCAAUUAAGAUAUUUAAUUAUUUCUAAGCAAUAGUUGUUAUAAGUGAAAGUAAUGUAAUAUUUAAACAAAUUGAUAAAAUAAACAAUGUUUUCGUUUCA